CCUCCACCCCUCUCUCUCUUUUCUCUCUCCCUCCUUCAAUGUCUGCAGUCUCCCCCAAGCGCGAAGCCUCUGAGCCCGCUGACAACCAGCGCCCGACCAAGGUCGCCAAGCCCCUCGACGGCGCCCAGUCAGCUGGUGCCCCCGCCGCAGCCUACAUCCGCACCAAGCUGCCGGGCUUUGCCCCGCGGCUGGCCAUCAUCCUCGGCUCGGGCAUGGGCGGUGUCGCCGACGCCAUCGAGGACAAGACCGAGUUCCCCUACUCGGAGCUCCCGGGCUUCCCGGUCUCGACCGUCCAGGGCCACGCCGGCACUUUUGUCUGCGGUACGCUCGAGGGCGUCCAGGUUGCCUGCCUCAAGGGCCGCGUGCACCUCUACGAGGGCACCGACCCGCAGCUCAUCCGCGCUCCGAUCUACACCUUUAAGGAGCUCGGCUGCGAGAUCAUGUUCUCCACCUCGGCUGUCGGCUCGCUCCGUGAGGACGUCGGCCCCGGCGAGCUCUUCCUCCUCAAGGACCACAUCAACCUGCAGGCCCGCAACCCGCUUAUCGGCCCCAACGACCCCAUCGGCCCGCGCUUCCCCUCGCUGCUCAACGCCUACGACCCGGCCCUCCGCGCCCUCAUCCAGGCCAAGGCUGCCGAGAACGAGAUCAACAUCACUGAGGGCGUGUACCUCGCCUGCCUCGGCCCGUCGUUCGAGACCCCGGCCGAGAUCAAGGCCUUCAAGAUCCUCGGCGCCGACUGCGUCGGCAUGUCUGUCGUCCCCGAGGUCAUCGUCGCCCGCCACUGCGACCUCCGCGUCGCCACCGUCUCCAUCGUCGUCAACCUCGCCGCUGGCCUCACCAACGAGCACAUCACCCACGACGAGACCCUCCACUUCUCCGGGCUCGCUGCCGGCAAGGUCACCCAGCUCGUCAAGUCCUUCAUCGCUGCCAACGGCGAGUGGUAGUCUGCUGCGCCACGUCUCCGUGCCCCACACCCGUCGGCCUCCCCCCCACACACACCCUCUUUCUCCAAGUGAAUGUCAGUGAGAUCCC